AUGUCUGCUCCUACGCUGGAAGAGAUUGACCCGGAUGGCGAUACGCUGUUGAUUCUCCGCAAUCCUAACGCACCAUUCGCCACAUGGAACAGUGAAAUUGACCAAGAAUGGGCCAACGCGGUCCCUCAACAUCAAUCCGAGACAUCGAAACUUUGUGAACUCACUAUUCAACCAACUGAAGGUAUUGACGAUAAGGGCAGUGAUCAAACUGAAACGCAGCCAGUGGACCUACAUUUCAGACUUUGUUCUGCAAUUCUCAAAAUAACAUCUUCCUUCUUCAAAAAGGCAAUGAACGGUGCUUGGAAAGCAACAGAAUGUGAGCCUGGCUUCGAGUGGACCCUGUUGGAAAGGGACUGGGAUGCUGAAGUUUUCCUAAUACUGAUGAAUAUAUUACAUCACAACGCGCGGAGGGUUCCUCGAACAAUACCACUCGAAACACUGGCAAAGAUUGCCACUCUAGUAGACUACUACGAUUGCCAUGAGGCAGUUAACAUUUGGGUGGAAAAAUGGACCUCAAACCUGAGUUUACCAGAGCCUGAAUACUACUCGAGGGAACUAUUAUUGCGACUCACUGUGGCCAGAGUUUUUCCCGACAAUAAGGCAUUCCGCGCUCUCACUAAGGUUGCUAUUGAAAGGAGUCGAGGUCCUAUCCACACGCUUGGGUUGCCCAUACCGCGGCAAAUUAUUGGUCAGUAA